UGCCUUUCUUGUCCGAUAGGGGCUUGCCGAGAGGUCGGUCGCCUUCGCGUGCGAGCGUGCCGCAGUUUGGCGUAUAAAAACGCGACGAAGCGUUAGCGGGCUUUCACACACCUUGUUUUUCCUCUGAGCUCCUAAGCAGGAACUAACAGCUCCAACAACCAUGAACGCCCUUAUCGUUCUUCUCGGUCUCGUCUCCGCCGCCUCGGCCGGUUUCGUCGGUGGCUACGGUGGCUAUGGAGGCUACGGAGGUUACGGCCACGGCGUGGCCGUUGCCGCACCGGUCGUCUCCAAGGGUGCCUCCUUCUCCUACGGCAACAGCGCCGGUGGUGCUGCCAUCCUUGUUGGCGGACACGGUCACGGCUAUGGCGGCUACGGCGGAUACGGAGGAUACGGCGGAUACGGACACGGUGGCUACGGCGCAGUCGCCGUUGCUCCUGUCGCCGUCGCUGCUCCGGUCGCCGUGACCAAGCCAGUGGCCGUCGCUGCCCCAGUCGCGGUCGCCGCUCCCGUGGUGGCCGUCGGCGGAUACGGUCACGGAUACGGUUUCGGUCACGGAUUCGGCUACGGCGGCUACGGAUACAAGGGCUGAGCGUGGACGUUGUCAGAUUUCACUGGAUGCCCUCACCUCAUCGGCACGUCAACGCGCUGGACUUACGCUAGUUGACGCUGCCAUAGAAAAUUUUUAAAUUAUACGUAUAUACGCUUAGGAGGACUACCUCAAGCUCUUGUCGAUCGAUGCAAAAUGAAAAAAAAAAUGUAUAUGAAGACGGAUUCGCGAUCGCAUGCUGGAAGCCUUGGGAACAAAAGUGUUCAUCGGGCUUCACAUUGGACACCGGGGC